AUGGGUCCCCAAGAUAUACCACCUUUGGUAGCUGUGGUAUCAAGAUACCCUGAUCUCCUGGUGGAGCUACCUGUGAAGGUUUUCCAGUCGCACUCAGGGAGUAGCCAGGCGAUGCAGUAUCACGCUUGUGACAUGCAACCACAUCGUGGUGAGCUGGACAGAGGAAGACUGCAGGUCAACGAGAGGGUAAGACCACAAGCACGUCAGAAUGGAACCAGGUACUCUGUCGAGGAGACAAACCAGUUUCACGAGCAGGCCCAAGAAGUUGAACGCAUUGGUGCAAUUUCUCUUCCUCUGCAAAUAAUAAUUAACAGGUUAGUACGCUUAUGGUGCACAUGGCGCAGCUGAGGGUCCGUACCUGGCCAUCUGGUGAACCUGCCGAGAUGCUUUUUGCAGUUCAAUUUCUUUUGAUAGUAUACUGAUGUCUGAUUAAUUCAUGCGUUAGAACCCCUUUUUUAACUUUUGGUUCAUCAUCUCAAACGGUCCAGCGGUCCGUUGCUCUCCAAAGAUCCGACAUUAAUUGACCGGCUCAGACACUUGUAGUUGUUUACAUUCGGGAAAGAGGUUUUAGUUUUGCAGAUAACAUAAUAAAAGUAUAAGUACACAAAACAAAAUGGAAUGGUUUGUUAACUAGGACCCUGGAUCUUAAUCGUUCUUCAGAUUUUGAUUUGAGUAUUUGAAUUCCGGGGGAGGUGGGUAUUCCCCAUACUGGCCUAUACGGGCAGGCUCCGCCCGAGAGGGGUACCUUUUUCAGGCUUCAGAUAUAUGAAAGGGUAGGGAAAUCUUAGCCUAGUCUCUAGUCGUUCUCUCUUGAUCCGUUGUCCGCGCGAAGUCUGGGAGAGAGCGGGCGGUGACGUCACAGUUCAUGGUAGAGUCCAGAAAUGACCGAGCCGAAAACGCCUGGGGACUAGGCUGGGGAAAUUUGUCAUUUGGGUCUGUGAAAGGGUCCAAAAGGGCUGAGAGAUGAAUUUUAUGGCUUUAUAAAGUCGAGAAAACGUUCCAUUUUUGUGACUGAUUCCUAUUGAAAAGACAAAGCAUUUACAGCAGUUAAAAGGGAUGAAAAGUUCUAAACAAGGUAUGUGAAAAGGGUACCAUUUGUCAAUAGAAGGUAUACGAAAGGGAUACUUUUUUCGUGAAAAAUGGUAAAUAAAAGGGUAAGGUUGGACCUUGGGGCGGAGCCUUCCCGUAUAAAAAUUUGUUAAGUACCCUCCUCCGGAAUUUGAAUUCGGGGCUUUCGAGAAACGAGAAGAUCCCUAACGGUGGAGAGUGAGUAGAGACUAUAUUUGCUUCUAUAACUUCGAUAAUCCUCUCAGUUACUUCUAAUUCUUUGUCUUGCGAGUUGUAAUGUAUGUUUUUUUUACAUGUUCAUUAUUUUAUCUGCAUAUUACAUGGGUCUACAACAAACCAACUAAAUGAUUUGUAAGCUCAAGUGGUUAGACUGCGCUCUACCGAUAUCUCAGAGGUCCAAGCCUGAAUUUGUCAGGCUUUCUUUCCGCAACUGCGUUGUAAAAGUUGCUUCCUAGUAAAAUCAUUUUCUUUACAUUUAAUUCUCUAUUCCGCAACAGUUCUAAUAUAUGUUCAUACGUUCAUUAUUUGAUUUGUUAGCCACUGUUUAAAAUUCUUUUUUUCUUUUUGGCAGAUUUUAAAAAUUGCUCAUGAAAACCACACUCAAGAUUUUACAGAAAACAAUUAUAACAUUUAUAAUGAUAAGAUGAUUUUCAUUUCCAUAGGUUAAGUCCUCCAGAGCCAAAGUCAUCCAUUGGUCAGAACUGUGGCGGAAAAUAUAUUUGGAAGAUAGAGCAUUUCUCUCAACACCUCCAGGAUGCUCUCAAUGGAAUAAUAACAUCACUUGAGAGCCCUCCAAUUUACACAGGCCUACAAGAAUAUAGGUUCUUCAUGCGCAUUUUCCUAAAAGGCGUUAAUGGUGGGGAUCAACAGCACAUUGGCCUUUUUGUUGGCAUGAUGAAGGGAGAAUACGAUACUGUUCUGGAAUGGCCCUUCUGUGGACGAAUCUCUCUCACCAUCAAGGAUCAAAGCACUGAUGUUCAUGGCUUCCGCAACGAUAUCAGUGGCACUUUCAUGGCCAAUAGAAAUCUGGGAGCUUUUCAGAAACCUGCUGCUGCCGAGAGCGGAUACACCACCCUGUAUGGCUACGCAGAGUUUGCACCCGUCGCCACGGUUUGUACCCCACAGUACUCUAAAGAUGACAUAUUGAUGGUCAAGAUUGAGAUCCAUAAAAACAUCUAA